CGCCGCCGCCGCCGCCGGCCCUCUAGUCCGGCCAGGGAGCCGUCGAUUCCGUCCCUCCCUCCUGCACUCCCCCCUCCCUCCAGCCCCCUUCCAGCCUGGGCUGCCGGUGCCUGGUGGGGUUGGAACGCUGGGAGCCGCAACGUUCCAAAAUCGAACGUUGUGUGUCGGGGCUGCUCAGGCGGCGAGCACUACAUUCCAAAAUCGAACCUUGGCGGCGGCGGCGUUCGGAAGCGGAACUCUCCUGGGGCCGCGGCGGCUACAUUGUUUCCUCCUCCUCCCUCCGGCUCUUUUCUUCUCUCCCUGACCCGGGCCGCGAGGUGAUACCCGUGCCUUGGUCCAGUCGCUCGUCCUCUCUCCUGUCCUCUUCCCGCUCCUUUCCUUCCCUCCCCUCCCCUCCCCAGCGCUCCUUUGUACCCCUCCCACCGGGGACUCCCCCCCCUUCCACGCUUCCACCCAGCCCCCCCGGCCGCAUGGACUGUCCCGCAGCCCACUGAUGUCGCCGGCGGCGAGGUGGAUCGGACCGCAGCGCUCAGAAAGAGCUCUAAUGGUACCAAGUGACGGAUCCUUCUUGUGAGAGUUGGACGUCAGAAUUCCAGAGAAGAUGUCAGCAAUCCAGGCCGUCUGGCCAUCCGGUACAGAAUGUAUUGCCAAGUACAACUUCCACGGCACAGCCGAGCAAGACCUGCCCUUCAGCAAAGGGGACGUGCUCACCAUAGUUGCUGUCACCAAGGACCCCAACUGGUACAAAGCCAAAAACAAGGUUGGCCGGGAAGGCAUCAUCCCAGCUAACUACGUGCAGAAGCGGGAAGGAGUGAAAGCGGGCACCAAGCUCAGCCUCAUGCCGUGGUUCCAUGGAAAAAUCACCCGGGAACAGGCAGAAAGGCUGCUUUACCCCCCUGAGACGGGCCUGUUCCUGGUCCGAGAGAGCACCAACUACCCCGGGGACUACACGCUGUGUGUGAGCUGCGAGGGCAAGGUGGAACACUACCGAAUCAUCUAUUCUGCCAGCAAGCUCAGCAUCGACGAGGAGGUCUACUUUGAGAAUCUCAUGCAGCUGGUGGAGCACUACACCACUGAUGCCGAUGGGCUCUGCACCCGCCUCAUCAAACCAAAGGUCAUGGAGGGGACUGUCGCAGCCCAAGACGAGUUCUCCCGAAGCGGCUGGGCUCUCAACAUGAAAGACCUCAAGCUGCUUCAGACCAUCGGCAAGGGCGAAUUUGGGGAUGUGAUGCUCGGGGACUACCGGGGGAACAAAGUCGCCGUUAAGUGCAUUAAGAACGACGCCACUGCGCAGGCCUUCCUGGCAGAAGCCUCGGUCAUGACGCAACUCCGGCAUAGCAACCUGGUGCAGCUGCUGGGGGUGAUUGUGGAGGAGAAGGGAGGCCUUUAUAUAGUCACUGAGUACAUGGCCAAGGGCAGCCUGGUGGAUUAUCUGCGGUCGAGGGGCAGGUCGGUGCUGGGUGGAGAUUGCCUCCUCAAAUUCUCCCUAGACGUCUGUGAGGCGAUGGAAUACCUGGAGGCCAACAACUUUGUGCACCGGGACUUAGCAGCCCGGAAUGUGUUGGUGUCUGAAGACAACAUUGCCAAGGUCAGCGAUUUUGGCCUCACCAAAGAGGCCUCCUGCACCCAGGACACUGGGAAACUGCCUGUCAAGUGGACUGCCCCCGAGGCCCUGAGAGAAAAGAAAUUCUCCACCAAAUCUGACGUGUGGAGUUUCGGGGUACUCCUCUGGGAAAUCUACUCCUUCGGCCGAGUGCCUUAUCCGAGAAUCCCUCUGAAGGACGUGGUCCCGAGAGUAGAGAAGGGCUACAAGAUGGACGCACCCGAUGGCUGCCCAGCCGCCGUCUAUGAGGUCAUGAAGAAUUGCUGGCACCUGGAUGCUGCCAACCGGCCCACCUUCCUGCAGCUUAGGGAACAGCUAGAGCAUAUCAAAGCCCAUGAGCUGCACCUGUGAACGCUGGGGUGGGGGUGGGGGCACCCCAUGGGCGCCCUGUGCCACCCUCUUCAAUCACCUCUAUUCCCCCUCCCCAAAACAAAGACUGAGGUGCUCUUGAGAACUGGACCGGCUCAGACUGAAGCCCCAUCCUGGGAAAGACUGUGGACAUCUUUCUGGCCUCCUCCCAAUGCCAGGACAGGCCCUGGUGGGGAAGAGGGGUGUGUGACUCAAUCCAGGGCAGGGGGGUUGGGGGAGAACAGCCUUCAGGUCCCUCAUUCCAAAGUGAUGUGGCCUCAAUGCCUGUCCCGGCUCCUCCCCUUCCCUUCUCCCAUCUCCCCUGCUCUGCCCUCCUGGGCCCCCGCCCCCCCCCCCCCCACUAGCCUCUCACCACCUGUCCAUCACAGGAGGCCCAUCUUGGCCUGUCCAUCUCUCACAGGCCAGCCAAGCGGGGACCAAAGGGGUUCGGGGGACUGCACUGAAGUGGGAGGAAGGGGCAGACUCUCCCUCGUCUCCCCCUGCCCUCCUGCCACCCGCCUGCCUCUUGUUUUCUUCUUUCUUCCUCUUUUUUAUGCUUUUUUUUUCUGGUUUGUUUGUUUUUUUUUAUUAUUUUCAAUUUGAGGAGAAAAAAAAAAUACCCCACGUUGGGCAUUUUACAAGAAGUACGAAUCUCAUUCUUAAUGUAUUAAGGGCAGAGGGGGAAGGGAAUAGAAAGAAAAGAAACGCCCCCUCUACCAUGCCCCCGUCCCCCCUCCCCAGUCGGAAGCAGCCCGUGCAUCUCCCUAUCCAUCUCCCAGCCUCGGGCCUGGUGUUUGCGCUUGACCCUGUCUCAAUGUUGCAUGCCGAUCCCAGAGGCCUUUGCGUUUCUGUCCGGUGCUUUAAUCUCAUGUAUUGCUGCCCACCCUGUGAGAUGAAAUUGUAAUAAACCAUCCCAUGAGGACACUCGA